UAGCGCACAGAGUGUCAGCAGCAGCAGCCAUGGCUUUAGGAUACUGGCUUUGGCUUUUCCUGUGGAAUAUGUUCUGUGGAUCACACUGCAUCUACUUCCCACCAAAUGAAGUUAAUCUGUUAGAUACAACAUCAAUACAGGGAGACUGGGGAUGGGUGACUUAUCCUCACAAUGGGUGGGAUGCUAUCAGUGAGAUGGAUGAAUUCUUCACUCCAAUCCACACCUAUCAAGUCUGCAAUGUCAUGUCGCCAAACCAAAACAACUGGCUGAGGACUAAUUGGCUCCAGCGGAAUGGGGCACACCGGAUAUACAUAGAAAUAAAGUUCACCCUGCGAGACUGCAACAGCAUGCCAGGAGUUGCGGGGACCUGCAAGGAGACAUUCAACCUGUAUUACUUUGAGUCUGACAGAGAUAUUGGUCCUCAUGUGUGGGAGAACCAGUUUGUCAAGAUUGACACAGUGGCAGCUGAUGAAAGCUUCACCAGUGUAGACCUGGGAGUGCGCAAGCUGAAAUUAAACACUGAAGUUCGUGGAGUGGGUCCACUGAAGAAAAAAGGCUUCUACCUGGCUUUCCAGGAUAUAGGAGCUUGCAUCGCCAUAGUGUCUGUGAGGGUCUAUUACAAGAAAUGCCCGGCCACAAUUCGGAACUUGGCUGUAUUUCCGGAUGCAGUGACUGGAGCUGACUCCUCCUCCCUGGUCGAAGUUCAAGGUCAAUGUGUGGACCACAGUGAAGAGCGAGAUACGCCCAAGAUGUAUUGCAGUGCAGAGGGGGAGUGGCUUGUUCCCAUUGGGAAAUGCGUCUGCAGUGCUGGCUAUGAGGAGCAAAGAGAUAGUUGCCAAGCCUGUGAGCCUGGAUUCUUCAAGCCAAACUCAGGAGACCAGCUUUGCACAAGAUGCCCUCGUCACAGUCACUCAGAUGUGAUGGGUGCUCUCUUCUGCCAGUGCGACCCCAACUACUACCGAUCGCCUUCUGACUUACCCUCUUCACCUUGUACCAGACCACCCACUGCCCCAGUAAAUGCCCUAUCCAGUGUGAAUGGAACUUCCGUAUUCUUGGAGUGGAGCCCACCUGCCAACAGUGGAGGGAGAAGUGACGUCCGAUACAACGUCAUCUGCAGGAAGUGUGCUUGGGAGUCAAGUCAGUGUGAAGCGUGUGGGAACCAGAUAAGAUACAGCCCAAAGCAGAUGGGAUUGACCCAGCCAGCCAUCAGUAUAGUAAACCUACUGGCACACACCAACUAUACACUGCAGGUUGAGGCAGUGAAUGGCGUUUCUGAUCUCAGCUUGGAGCCCCGGCAGUUUGUUUCACUUAAUAUCACCACUAACCAGGCAGCCCCAUCGCAGAUCUUAGUGGUCAAGCAAGAAAACACCAGCCAGAACAGUGUAACAUUGAUGUGGCAUGAACCCGCCCAGCCCAAUGGCAUCAUAUUGGAGUAUGAGAUCAAGUACUUUGAGAAGGGUAAGGAACAACAGAGUUACUCCACACUGAAAGCCAGGGGGACAAGUGUGACUGUCUCCAACCUGAAACCUGGAACCCGUUAUGUAUUUCAGGUGCGAGCGCGAACAUCGGCUGGGUGCGGCCGCUUCAGUCAGACUGUCGAGAUUGAAACUGGGAAAAUAGUCUCCCUCCGAUAUAAUACCACCACAAUAAUCUGGAUCUGCUUUGCUUUGGUGACGGGCCUGAUCAUUCUCCUUGCAAUGUUUAUCUGCAGGAAAAGGAGGUGUGGGUACAGUAAAGCAUUUCAGGAUCCUGACGAAGAGAAGAUGUAUUACCAAAAUGGACACCUCAGAUUCCCAGACCCAAAGAUUUACGUUGACCCUCACACCUACGAAGACCCAGGUCUCGCUGUCCGAGAAUUUGCCCGAGAAAUAGAGGCAUCGCGAAUAAAAAUUGAGAAAGUUAUUGGUUCAGGUGAAUUUGGUGAAGUAUGCUACGGUCGUCUGAAAUUGCCAGCAAAACGAGAGAUCCCUGUUGCUUUAAAAACUCUCAAAGUAGGAUAUACGGAAAAACAGCGGCGGGACUUCCUGAGUGAGGCCAGUAUCAUGGGCCAAUUUGACCAUCCCAACAUCAUCCGACUGGAAGGAGUUGUCACUCGAAGUAAGCCAGUGAUGAUAGUUACAGACUACAUGGAGAAUGGGUCACUGGAUUCAUUUUUGAGGAAACAUGAUGGACAAUUUACAGUGAUCCAGCUGGUUGGAAUGCUGCGUGGCAUUGCUGCGGGAAUGAAAUACCUGUCUGACCUGGGAUACAUCCACAGGGACCUUGCGGCUCGAAACAUCCUGGUGAACAGCAACUUGGUGUGUAAAGUGUCGGACUUUGGCUUGUCCCGAAUUUUAGAAGAUGAUCCAGAUGCAGCCUACACCACCACGGGAGGAAAGAUUCCAAUUCGCUGGACAGCUCCAGAGGCUAUAACAUAUCGCAAGUUCUCCUCAGCCAGUGAUGUGUGGAGCUAUGGGGUGGUCAUGUGGGAGGUCACUUCAUACGGAGAGAGACCGUAUUGGAAUAUGACAAACCGAGACGUGAUUAGAUCAGUGGAAGAAGGUUAUCGCCUUCCAGCUCCCAUGGGCUGCCCUGCUGCCCUGCAUCAGCUAAUGUUGGACUGCUGGCAGAAAGACCGCAAUGAGAGGCCCAAGUUCAUCCAGAUUGUUGGCGUGUUGGACAAGCUGAUUAGGAACCCCACCAGCCUCAAAAUCUUUGAGACCAUGAGCAGAAUGAACAGCCCACUCCUGAACAGAAAUAGCCCCAACUUCACAUCCUUUGCAUCUGUGGAUGAAUGGCUGGAUGUCAUUAAAAUGGGACGUUAUAAAGACAACUUUGCAGCUGCAGGUUAUUUAUCACUGGGUCUGGUAAUGAGAAUGAACAUGGAGGAUGUCCGAAGACUGGGAAUAACACUGAUGGGACAUCAGAAGAAGAUUCUCAGCAGCAUCCAGAUCAUGAGGACACAACUAAUGUGCGCAAAUGGCCCAGGUAUACACGUAUAGCCACAAAGAUGUCAUUUCAGAAUGUACAGUAACUCAAAACUGAUGGCACAAUGGAAUCAAAAUGCCUGCACAGCGAACCUUUACAAUCUUGCCUUUAAUACAAAAUGUAAAAGAUUUACAAAAGCAAAAGAUGGGUACUGCCUCCCUCAUGAGAGAACCUCUUGGAAAUCCUACCAUCAUUAUCAAUCAUAUUAUGAAGAUCUCCCUAAGGUCAAUGAGUUUCUCCAGAAACCUGAGCCAUGCCUGGAUGUGUAAUGGCGCUGUUCUCUACUUGCUGGAUGAACCUGAUCCGGAGCCAACCGGGAUUGAGAGAGUUGUGGAAAAUGGAAUAAGCAAGAACUCUGCCAGAACGGCACCAAGGAAGAGAUGAUCUUGCAUUAAGGAAGUGGUCUACAGGGGAAUGACCGAGCCCCAGUUAAUACUGCCAGCAACUGUGGAAAUAUCACAGGACAGCUCUGACACUUAUGAUGGGAUGGAACUCAAUCUGAAAGAUGGUGCCCAUCUUUUUUGUGAAAUUCUGAAACGGAGCUCAAUUUUAAUAUGCAGCUCCGACAAGAAUAUUAAUGAUAUGAGGAAUCUGGCUGAUGGCUUAAAAAUAAUUAAUUUUCAAAACAUAAAAAAAGAUUUAUUUGUUUCUUCUCCACUGAACGAUAGUAUGGACAGUGCAGACCCUUUACUGUUGUCCUUUUGCUUGGUGCUGAAGUUUUAAGAUGAUAUGAGAUUCAGACCGGGAAACUAUUUGACCUGCUCAGACAGCAGAAUUAGGAUCUGAAAGAAGUGUGUCAGAUCUGUGUAUUUAUCAGUAAAUCAUACAUAUUACAUCACACCAGUCUACAAAUUGCAGCCUCUCCUCUUAUUAAAAUAAUCACGCUUUUCUAGACCUUGUGAGACAUAAGGUAUGACCAACAAGUUUGGCUCAGUAAUGCAAAGGUUUACACUGUUCAUUUGAUUAGGAGUUUCAGUGCCUCCUGAAUAGCAAUAGCCACAGAUGUUAUUCCAAGUGAGCUCUGGGUCUUGUUAGGAAUCAUGCCUGUUAUAAUAGUUAUCCAACAAGUCAAUUGCAGACUCUGGUGCUAAAAUUGCACAGAAGGACCAGAAGAGCUGCCGUGCUUAUCAGUUUCAGGUCUCUAGCUCUGUAGUGAUUGUUUUGUUGUCUACACAUUGAAUUUGGUCUUUAAAAGUUACUACCAUAAUAUAAUUAUAUAGUAAUUCAGUGCCAAUGUCCAAGAACUUUCAGUAACCAAUGUGUUAAAGUCAUUCUAAGCAGAAUGCCAUUUUCGCCUCACACCCUUCCUGAAACUUGAUGCACUGAAUUCAGUAUUGGAUGCUGAGCUGAGCUGAGAGUAUAAAGUUUUGAAACAUUAAACCCACAAGUAAUGGGUAGUGCCAAGGGGGACAGGCAUAUUUAUUGGUAUAUUGACUCAAUGUUUGACAGAGACAUGUCUUUAUCUAAAAUUUAUUCUUUAUAUGGCUGAGUUCAUUUACUGUAGGUGUGCAGAACAGAAUGGAUGUUAGAUUUGUAAUUUAUAUGACUAGCUUGUAAAAUGCUAUUUGAAGUUGAAAGAAACAUAGGGAACAGUGUUGCAGUUCUCCUCUUCCAAGACCCAUGCUAGAACACAAUGCUAUGAGAGAUUCCAAGGCUCAUGGCGAUGUUCUUAUAUGAAUUGCAAUGUUUACAUCUAUUUCAUUUAUGUACCUCACUAUUACAUGGAUAGAAGUUUCAAUAGUUAUAGAUUAGAAUUAGUGAAAUGUAAAAACACUUCCAUAGAGCAGGCAGAGAGGGGCAUUCUUAACAUCCAUAUAUGGGUUUCUCCCAAUUACAUUACGCCAUGAAGCUAUUGACAGUUAGUUCUCUACAAUGCAUCUAACUACAGAGUGAAUACAUUUGUAAAAUAUGGAUAUUAAGGAGAAUACUAUGAUCUAAUGAGUACAUUUUAUGAACAAUAUGAAACUUGAUGGUAAUAUGCAUUGAGGAAUGAUAUCUAUCCUUUAAUAACGAUGAGAUAACAUGCUGCAAGGUUAAGGGUAUUGGUAGGCAUGUAAGCUCCACUACAUUUAUACUUCCAUGUCUUAUUGUUUAUUUUUAUCGAUCUCUUCAUUUCAUUGUUCCCCAAAGAAAACUGAAAAAUGAUAAAAUUUGUGAUUAUCCCAGA